AAAUUGAAUAUUUUGAUUGGCGGGCACCAAAAAUCGGAUUAGAAAUAGCCAGUUUUUUGCAAAUCAUUGCUUGCUUGCUUAAUCUCUAUCUGUGUUGUAUGAUUAAAAGCAAUGUCGAUCGAACCAGACAUUCCAUAUACCCCACAAGAAGAUUCCUCUGAUUCCGAUGGAGAAUGGAGAGAUCCUUCCUUGCAAGAAACACCUAUAAAUGCAACGUCUAUCAACUUUACCAAUUUUGCUACUUUGAGUUAUAGCCCUAUCACGUCAGCUUCGUCUCCAUUAAGCCCUCUCAAUAAUCAUUCAGCGAGCAGUUCUUACAUCGAUUCUACAGCCACACCUGAUACAAGUCAUCGCAACGCCGAUGAUCAUUGGGUUCUUCCUGCUUAUCUUAAAUCAGCUGACAUAUUAGGCCUGAAACAAGCACGCAUUACUGAGAUUCAGAAAGCAUCCGGCUCGUUUAUCGAAUUUAAUCCUGGAUUAAAUCAAAUAGAUAUAUGGGGCGAUGCAGAAGCCAUUCAAAAAACCAAGGAUUAUCUUAAUAUGAUUGUUGAGCGUCUUCAAGAGCGCCAUGAACGUUUCCAAAGAAAGACAAAGAAAUGGGGCAGACCAGAACGAGAAUUAACAGAGAAAGAAAGAAGACGAGCUGAAAAGAGACAAGCGAAAAUCGAAGAAGAGAAAAAGUAUCACGGUAUACCUGCGGUUCCUCAGCACUAUAAUGCUUCUCUUCCAUUACCAGACUUUAGAUUACCUUUACUUCGCCUGACAGGGGAAAAUGAAGCAUUCUGGAACCAAAUCAGAGCAGACUGUAAAGCUUAUAUAUGGUAUGUUGAGAAGGGAAAUCUGGUAAGAGUGGCAGCAGAUACGGAAGAAGCAGUGAAAACAGCAACCACUCGAGUCCGAAAUUGGUAUUUGCGCUGUUGCCGUACACCUCAAGGCGCUACUUUAAGAUUGUUGCAGCAGCCCAAACAAAACUAUGUCAUAAAAUACAGGAAGUUACCCCCAGGAUUGAUCACUUAUGAAUAUGCCGAUCCAGAGAGAGAGCAAAACAUGUUGGAAAAACAUCGUAUGCUGGAAGCCCUCAGUACUGGUGGUGCGUUACCCUCACUUCAUCUUUAUGACUUAAUCAACUUAAAUGAUGAUGGGAGCGCCGCUUUACCAUCAGAACGCGCGCAAACAUUAGAUGCUCGUAACAAGGAGCAAAUUGAGUCUGCGCUCAUCAACGGUUUGGAGAGUUUACGUUUGAUUGAUUGGGCUAUUCGUAUGAAGAUUCGUUUUGGCCAAAUUUGUCUCAUUGAUUAUCCUAAAAAGGAUGGCAAAUUCUUGACUAUUGAAGACGUCAGUGAAAAAAUGUUCAAAAAGCCAAUGUUCAAAUCAGCUCUUGCACCAUGUAUCAGUAAAACAAGGGCAGGGCUUCAAAACCUAUUUGAAGCGCUUGGAGAUGACCCUAAUGCAGUCGAGUUUUCGGAUAAUCCACAAACGUCCUUUGUCAUCACAGCAGAUCAAUAUCCACAAGCAGCACCUCCACGGAUGCCUGGUCAACGUGCACCACCUCGCGGCGAUAUGUGGGAAACUGUCAUGAAUAUUUCAUUCACCGAAAAGGGCCAACGCCGUCUUUGGGUGACAAUGACGGACUGUACGAAUUUGGUCGAUGUUAACUGUACGAAUUUGGAAGGAAAUUAUUCAUGGGACCUUAGACUACAGUAUGCUCGUAGAUUACCAACUGAUGACAUUGAAUCCCCUCAUGAAAAGUUUGCUGAUUUAUUGCGAGUGAGCAAAAAUAACAGAUUAAUUAUGCUCACCUCCAGCGAUUAUAUACCCAAAAUUGUCACACAGCAGACAAAAUGGAAGUACGACUGGAAAGGUUAUGUAAUUGAGAUCUGCCAGGACGAGAUUUGGGAUAUGAAUAGAAUCGAAAGACCAGAUCAUGAGUUGCCGUUAGAUCUCAGUUUGGUUGACCCUCACCGCAUUCUCUUCAAGGUUUCUUUAUACAAAGAGGCAUGGGUUAACCGUUUUGCGGAGAACUUAACAUUACGAAUUGGAGAGGCCCCUAGCUGGACGUUAAGAGAUUUCUUGGCCAGUACAGACGAAAAUGCCGGAACAAUUAUGGAGGUCGCUAAGAAAUUCAGUGAAAUAUUGCACAAAAACGUUCCCUUAUACUGGGAAAACAGUGAAAAUUCGUUUUUGUAGAAAUUACACGGCAUCAACUCUCUUUGAGUACAUAUUGUAUUUGUAUAUAACAACUAUUGCGAAAUUGUUUCUAUUCGCUUUUCCUUCACUUCGCGCUGAUCUUUUCAUCCUGCUUGAGGCAGAUAUACUAUAAUAAAUAGUCGAUCUAUUCAUAUGCAUUAAAUCACCC